AUCGCCGGAGCGGUCUAAUAAACGAGUUUAUGAUUUGGAAUCCCUUUUGUUUUUCUUUUUAAAACCUCUGUGCCUACAAUUGCUCGUAUGUUUCCAUGCUCGGACGACAAAAAGGAUCGCUAUGCCAAGCUGUCUUUCCUUGGUGAAGGUCAAUUUGCCAUUGUGUACAAGGCACGCGACACCGUUACCAGUCAAAUUGUGGCCGUAAAAAAGAUCAAGAAGGGCAGUCGAGAGGAUGCCCGCGAUGGUAUUAAUCGCACGGCACUGCGCGAAAUUAAAAUCUUACAAGAGCUGCACCAUGAAAACAUUAUUGGUCUGGUUGAUGUUUUUGGCCAGCUCUCAAAUGUCUCACUGGUGUUUGACUUUAUGGACACCGACCUCGAGGUUAUCAUCAAAGAUACCAAAAUCAUACUCACUCAGGCCAACAUUAAGGCGUACGCGAUUAUGACUUUACGUGGACUAGAGUACCUGCAUAUGCACUGGAUACUUCAUCGGGAUUUGAAGCCUAACAAUUUGUUGGUGAACAGUGACGGUGUACUGAAAAUUGGUGAUUUCGGCUUGGCCAAAAGCUUUGGCUCACCAAAUCGCAUCUACACGCACCACGUGGUGACGCGCUGGUAUCGCUCCCCGGAGCUGCUGUUCGGUGCCCGCCAAUAUGGUACAGGCGUUGAUAUGUGGGCAGUCGGUUGCAUACUGGCCGAACUUAUGUUGCGUGUACCCUUUAUGCCGGGUGACUCAGAUCUGGACCAGCUGACGCGCAUAUUUGCCACCCUGGGCACACCCACCGAGGCCGAUUGGCCGCACAUUACAAAGCUGCACGACUACCUACAGUUCCGUAACUUUACGGGGACGCCCUUGCAACACAUUUUCACAGCAGCCGGCAAUGAUAUGAUUACAUUAAUGCGUUGCCUCUUCGCCAUGAAUCCGCUAAAGCGUUGUUCGUGUCGGGAGGCGUUAAGUAUGCCGUAUUUUGCAAAUAAACCGGCACCAACCGUAGGACCUAAGCUCCCCAUGCCAUCGGCGAUACUUGCGGCAAAGGAAGGCGCCAAUGCUCAGGCCGGUGACGAAAAGCCGGUGGGGCUGAAGCGCAAGCUCGUCGAGACGACAGUGCGUGGCACAAUGCUGCCUCAGAAAAAGAAACUCCAAUUCUAAAGAGUCCCAGACCUAAUGUUAUUCGCCAAAUGCAUUUAUGUACCAAUAGUUUAAUAAUGAAUCUGAGAUGGCGCGAGUAAGAGUAUAACAUUAAGAGUAAACAUCAUGAUAGCGAUGCUUUAACUGUUGAUGUUCUUGUCUUUUCUGUUUUUAAAAUAUACUUUCCAAUCGUCUUUCAAAA